AUGUCCGAAACGGACGAGCUGCUUGUUAUUUAUUUCAACGCGAAGCAGAUGGUCACUGUUCAGGGGCGGAUUGCGCUUGACCAGGGAUACCUGGAUGAAACGUGGAUGACACGGGAAGACCGCGUGCUCUGUGGACCGGUUAUCGAGCAGGGAACGGUUGGAGACAAGUACCUUCUCACUACAGAGUGUGGCAGAAGAUUCUUCCGGUUGACUGAUGAUCUGGAAUAUGAUGACAGUCUGGGCCACCACAACAGUCUUCAACGGAUCACUGCAACGGUCAAUCUGCUUGACAUCAUCUGGGCCCGCUACAGCGAGAAAGGUUCAAAUUGGGCCCAGUAUAGCUGCCCGAGUCGGUCCCAUCUUUGA